CGAGCGUCAACAAACACCCCAAAACGCACCCACUCGCUCACAACCAUUAGAAGUGUUGCCUGUACUUGAAGGCGGUGUGCAGUGGCCCGUUUUUGUGUGGACACAUUCAUACUCCCGCGAUACUCAGAUGCCCAACGGCACAAUGCUCUAGAACCAAAGCCGGACCCAACACCAUUUUUUACCCCUGCAGCACCAAAGCGAGUGCGUGCACAUGACCCGCAAGCGCCCCUGAUACCGGUAUCAUACCUAGCCACCGGCACGAUAAGUUACUGUAUCAUACCCAGCAUAUCAUACAAGCACAAAAGUACCAGUAAUCCCUGACUAAUGCGCCAGAACCCAACCAACCAAGGGGAUCAGCCAAUUAACGUAACAGCCUCGCCUCAGGUAACUGACUGACUCUAAACCUCCCCCCCCCCACUCCUCACCUCACCUCGCCCUCACACUCACUCGCACUCAUCCAGACUCCUAACCAUCUACAAACCCACCCUCCUCCGGAUCCUCACCACCACCACCACAAACAAGCCAAACAGACAAAAAAAAAAGAAAGAAGGAAAGAAAGAAAAAAAAAAUCCUCAAAACGAUAAACCAACUCCUAACAAACCUCUCAAACCUCACCCUCUCACCACCACCGCCACCACCACCCCAACAGCCACAAUCACAAUACCACCUCCUCGAAAACACCUCCACAAUGCUCAUCAAGUAAGUCCACCCACAUCGAAUCUAACCUGAUUCAGAUCCGGCACCUAACAACAUGUAGAGUUCGCACCCUCACGGGCAAGGAAAUCGAGCUGGACAUUGAACCGGAUUACAAAGUCUUUCGUAUCAAGGAGCUGGUGGAGGAGAAGGAGGGGAUUCCUCCGGCUCAGCAGAGGUUGAUUUAUGGUGGGAAGCAGAUGUUGGUUCCUUUCCCUUCUUGUGUUUCGAUAUGAUGUGAUGUGAAGGGCGGUUUGUUGAUUGAUUGGCUCUGUGGUCGGGAAAUGGUGUAGGGCGGAUGAUAAAGCUGCUAGCGAGUAUAACCUUGAAGGGGGGGCUACGUUGCAUUUGGUUCUUGCACUGAGGGGUGGUCGAUAGAUCGACUGGGUUGGUUUGCUAUCGUCUUUCCCCUCCCCCUUCUACUUCUUUUUCGGUCGUUCGGGUUGGCUUGGGCCGGGCCAGGUUGGGUCGCUUGUCCACUAAGGUGGAAUGAGGUGGAUAUCAUGUUAUGGAUGGCCGGGUAGCUAUUCCCCAAAAAGAUGGGGAGUAUUAAUUCCACGGACAGAUUAAGCCGCUGCUAUACUAUAACGUGCCAGACACCG